UAGAGCGGCUUUUGCAGGGCUUACCAGGAAGCACUAAGAGCCGGGUUGUUUUGAGAGAAAGCCCCCUCUGUCGCCAUGGUUCACGCCUUCAUCGUCCACACCUUGCGCUGCUGCGGCCGUUCUGGGGACGAAGCCCCGCCUUGCAGAGUUCUCUAUUCCAGGGUCUUCAGCCCCGAAAGGCCCGAAGGCGGCGGUGGAGGCCGAGACCCCGAGAAGGAUCGCCUGGCUCAGAAGGAGAGGAUCUUGGCCGUAGCCAGGCAGGUGGACUCCUCCUGCAAGUUGCACCUGCAGGCCGCGGGGAGGCCCUCCUGGGAGCCGCUGGCCCUGCCCCCCGAGGACCCCGCCCCGCUCCAGGAUGCCCCAUCGGGGGCCUUCCGCCUGCCCCCCGGCGACCCCUUCCCACUGGCAGAAGGGGAGCUGACGGUGCUGUGGCUGGGCGUGCACUGCGUGGCCUUCGCCCUGGUCUGUGGCCCCCAGGAGAACCUGCUCCUGGCCGAGGGCACCCUCCGCAGCGUGGCCCGCUCCCUCCUGGACCACCUCCGCCUCUUGGGCUCCGGGAGCGACGUGCUGCUCAAGGCCGAGCGGACGGAGGUCGUCCUCGGCCGGUUCCUGCCCCACGGACAGCUGCUCUUCCUCAACGACCAGUUUGUGGCUGGGAUGGAGAGGGAAGUGGCGGCCGCCCUCGGGAAGUGAAAGAAGGAACAAAAGUGGGGGCCCUCCGCACCUUGGACUCUUGGGUUAAAGUUUGGACUAAAACCCGGAGCGGACUCAUGACUAUAGAAAGGAUCCCUGGCAAGGCAGGAAACUCAGUCAAGAUGCAUCCUGACUUUUUUGUAUUGGGGGAGACUUCACGUCUGCUUUUCUACACUGCAUUUCCCAGAAUCCCCAAACCAGCCUGGUCCAGAAAAAGUAACUUUUUCAAGCUUUCUCUAAAUCAGGGGUAGGAAUCACAGAUUGGACCCCUUACCUUUCUUUUUGGUCUCAUUGCUCUCAGGGCCUGGCUCUGUGUACAGUUCUUGCAAGGAAACCACUUUCCUCUCAGUAAAACUUCUUCUUCUUA